CUGUAGAGGAGAGUCAUGGGAUGAUGGAGGUUGCGGUCAGGUUGCUGCAAUCCUCAUUUCCUAUUCUACUUCUUCCAUCAACUCUCUGCGUUUCCUUUAUUUCAAGGACGGCUCUUUCAAGUUUUCUGAAGAUCAUGGUAAACCUCAUGGCAGCUCAAGGAUGAUCAGACUAGACUGCCCAACAGAGUUCCUCACUGAGGUCCAUGGCUUGCGGAGCUUCCUUUCUGGGCCAGGUAAUAUAGUGUCGUCGAUAACAUUUGUGACUAACAAAUCCACAUAUGGACCCUUCGGGAAAACCAAACCGUCGUCCGAUGACAGCGACUUCGAAUUCCGAUUGGGCAGUGGCGGUGAUGAUUCCAUUAAUGGCUUUCACGGAACUAUUAACAGUUAUUAUGGUCACGUCGCCAGCAUUGGUAUUUAUUUACAGAUCUCAACUCCUGCUCCCCGCCCCAAUGUCAAGCUGCUUCAUUUCUAAAAUUAUCGUUCACAUGUGCGUGCGAGGCUAUUACGAUGUUAUUAUUCGAUGGAUGUAAUGAAAACAAAAUGAUUUCAUGCUUCGUUUCAUCAUUUAUUCGUAUUAUUACUGUCUUAUUAUUGCCAAAGAAAUUAUUGAAAUAUUAAAC